GAGGGAAGUGUCGGUGCUGCCGCUGCGUAUUAUAAAGAUAAAUAAUAGUGCGCAGAAGAAGAAACAAAUCACAGAGACUCAACAGGAGAGAGAAACACAGAGGAUUGAGCAGCAGCAGCAGCAGCAAUUGGUCUCUGUGAUUCAACCAGCGGAAUUCGUCAAACUUUCCAUUUUGGAUUUCCCAAGUAAUCGAGGAGAGCUCUCAAUUCAAUGCUCCAUUGAUACCUGCUUAAUCUAGAGCCAGAGGUUUCUUCCUCUUCGUCUACAGAGCAAGAGCAAGAUCUCUGAGCAGAGAGAAGCGGCAAUGGGGGUGGAUCUGAGACAAGUUUUGGCUGGCAUACUCACACUCACUAUGUUCGUCAUGCUUGGCCACAUGAUCAAGCGUGACCAUUUUGAUUCCGUCCAAGAAAAAUUUCCAGGGGGAACGAGGGAUGUUACCAAAGUUGCAAAAACAAUGCACGGCCACCCUAAAAAAGGCGAUGCUCCGUGGAAAAAUGAUGCUCAAGAGCUAAAACAAUGUUGGAAUAAACCCGAAUUUGCAGAUGAGGGACAGCAACCAAAGGGAUACGUCACUUUUUCAUUAACCGAUGGUCCUGAAUACCAUGUCUCACAGAUUGCAGAUGCAGUAGUUGUGGCUAGAUAUCUAGGUGCGAGUCUUGUUGUCCCAGAUAUCAGAGGGAAAAAGCUCGGAGAUAAGUGGAGCUUUCAGGAUAUUUAUGAUAUUGAGAAGUUCAUUGGAAGCUUGGAUGGAGUUGUCAGAGUAGUAAAAGAGCUGCCGUCUGAAAUAUCUCCCAGAAAGCUCUCGGCUGUCAAGGUGCCGAAUCGGGUUACAGAAGAUUACAUUUCGGAACAUGUUGAGAAAAUUUAUAAAAGAAGUGGCAGCAUAAGGCUCGCAACUUACUUCCCUUCAGUAAACAUGAAAAAGGGUCAAUCAAGUGGUGACGAUUCAGUUGCAUGUUUGGCAAUGUUUGGAACAUUGGAGUUGCAGCCAGAAAUAAGUGAAGUGAUUGAAUCCAUGAUUGAGCGGCUGAAAACUUUGAGUCGCAAGUCCAAUGGUCAGUUCAUAGCAGUAGAUUUGAGGAUUGAAAUGUUAGAGGAAAAUGGUUGCCAAGGUGGUGAGGCAACCGGAAGUAAAGGUUGUUACAGUGCACAAGAAGUAGCUUUAUUUUUAAGAAAGAUUGGUUUCAACAAAGAUGCAACCAUAUACUUGACUCAACCAAGAUGGGAUAACAGUCUUGAUGAUCUCAAGGAUUUAUUUCCAAAAACUUACACAAAGGAAAGCAUAAUGCCUGCGGAUAAGAAGGCAAAGUUCUUGAAUGCAGAGAGUUCUGAAUAUGAGAAAGUGAUUGACUUCUACGUUUGUAGUCAAAGUGAUAUAUUUGUUCCAGCCAUCUCUGGCCUCUUCUAUUCCAAUGUUGCAGGCAAGAGGAUCGCUUUGGGCAAGAAUCAAAUUAUUGUUCCAGCCACCAUUCGAGAAUCUACUGCUUCUGCUACCAAUUUCAUCUCCUCUUACAUCUCGAAGAAGAAUCACUUGGCGUAUUCAUGCUUUUGCUAGGCGCUUCACCAAGAAGGUUAGUAAAGACACAACUGUAUCGAUAUCGAUCUCUCAUUUGCAUGCAUCGAGCUUUGUGGCAUGGCAGAUGGCAGGCCAAUUGUAUUGCAUAUGUUUUCAUUUUCAUUUUGUUUUUAUGCGUCGUAAACAGAAGAAUAUUUGUUAAGGUAAUUUUCAAGACGUGCAGAACGAUUAAGAUGUCAACUAUUGUUUGAUAAAAGGCUUCCAUUUUAGAGUAAUGAGAUUGAGAAAGCUAUUACAUUUUGUGGCAUUGGAAAAAAA